AUGUCGCUUGGAAUGAGACCGAGCCGGCGCGCCGCGCGCUCGCAGGUUGCCGGGGCUGUCGCGGCGCAGCUGUCAGUUUUGAACACGAACAGCCGGUACCUGUCGCGCGGCCUGGUUGACUACACCCAGCAGCUGCUCGCGCUGCUACCGGGAUCCCUGGAGGUCGCGUUCCUGGUCAACAGCGGCAGCGAGGCGAACGAUCUGGCGCUGAGGGUCAGCCGCGCGGCCGCCGCCGCCGCCGGGCGGCCGGGCGCGACGCACGUGGCCGUCAUGGGGGGCGCGUACCACGGCCACCUGACGACCACGAUGGCGAUCAGCCCCUACAAAUUCUGGGGCCGUGGCGGCGGCGGCAAGGAGAGCUGGGUGCACGUGCUGCCCUGCCCGGACCCCUAUCGGGGCACGCACCUGGACGGCCGCGCCGCCGCGCGCGGCGCGAUUGCCGAGGCGCGCGCGGCGGGCGGGGAGCUGUGCGCGUUCAUCUGCGAGAGCGUCCUCUCCUGCGGCGGCCAGGUCUUCCUGCCUGACGGCUACCUGGCUGGCGUGUACGAGGAGAUGCAUGCCGCCGGGGCCCUCUGCAUCGCCGAUGAGGUCCAGUGCGGCUUCGGCCGCGUGGGUGACGCCUUCUGGGGGUUCCAGCUGUCGGGCGUCACCCCGGACAUCGUAGUCAUGGGCAAGCCGAUCGGCAACGGCUUCCCGCUGUCAGCGGUGGCGAUGACGCGGCCCCUGGCUGAGGCGUUCGCCACCCAGGAGUACUU